AUGGACGACCAGGACGCCAGGUGCGGGAAGUCCGAGCAGGACGACCGGGACCACCACAGAGCUUGCGCCGCCGUGCUCGGCCGCUCGCGUCCCUUGUUACCCUCCAGCGUCCCGCAACUCAGCCGGAAACGCGGACGGGCAAACCAGUUCCCCUCCAGAAACACAACAUGCCCCACACAAGACAAGUCGUCAUGGCGACCACAGGCAUGUCGGGAGUGUACAUGCCAUGACAACGUGGUCAUCUGCGCACCCGUCCAAUGUGCCAACCCACAAUGUGACUUCCAAAGGGGUGAACGUUUGAGGAUUCCCGCAGAUCAAUGCUGCCCACAGUGUGUCUCUUCCAUCGAGGGAUCGUGCAUCUACGAGGGCGUCACCUACGCUCAUGAUAGUCAAUGGAGUCCUUCGCUGUGUACACUGUGCGAGUGCUCCAGUAGCGUGGCGACCUGCGCCCCCCGCAGUUGCCCCACCCUCAGUUGCCCUAAAAACCACAGCCCUUUUAUCCCGGCUGGAGAAUGCUGCCCAAAGUGUGCUAGCACCGGAGAGUCUUGCUCCUGGCAGGGUCGGGAGUACAGGGAUGGUGAGGAAUGGCAUCCUAGCCAGUGCUCACGGUGUGUUUGCCACAGCGGGGAUGUCCGAUGCUCUGUGGCAGAGUGUCCACGCGUGGCCUGCAAACCUAACGAGAACUUGGUGAUCCAGUCUGGUCAGUGCUGUCCUCAGUGUGUCUCUGACCCAUGUUUGUCUGCUGGGAAACAGUAUCAGCACGGUGAGCAGUGGCAAAAGGAUGCCUGCACCACAUGUGUGUGCGAGCGUGGUCAGUCCAAAUGUCAUGCACACACCUGCAGGCCUGUCACCUGCGAUAAGGGUCAGACCAAGGUGAGGCGUGACGGCCAAUGCUGCGAAGAGUGCGCUGCAGCCCGGGGAAGCUGCCUGUACCAGAACAUUGUGCGUUACCACGGAGACAUGUGGAACACCAGUGGCUGUGAAUUCUGCACUUGCAGCCGCGGUCAAGUCCUCUGCCACAAGGCUGAGUGUGAACGCCUCCAAUGCCCACUGGGAUCAGAACUUGUUCACCCUCCAGGGAUGUGCUGCCCACAGUGUUCCCCACAGAAUACGUCCUGUUUGCACCAAGGACAAUCAUACAAGGACUCGACUCGUUGGACUGACACCAGCUGCCGCGAGUGUGAGUGCCGCAACUCCAGGGUGACUUGCUACCUGCCGUCCUGCCCGACAUGCCCGCCAGGCACCUUGAUCGUUGCCCAGGAGGGACAGUGCUGCCCCCAGUGUCACCAAGUUCCAUGUGAUGCGGACUGUCAGUCAUGUUCCGGAACUCCCAAUCACUGCGACAGCUGCAAGGACCCGAAGGCCAUCCUCCAUCUUGGCCGCUGUCUGUUCGUCUGUCCCGAUGGAUUCUUCCCAGACGGAGCAGAGUGUGCAGCUUGCCCUUCAUCUUGUGCCAUCUGCAGCAGCAGGUGGUCCUGCCAGUCGUGCGUCCCCGAGCACCCACUGCUGAGCGCCGAGGGCGACCGGUGCCUGGCGACCUGUCCUGCCGGCACUUACCGGGACGAGCACAGAAGGCGAUGCAGACGUUGUUCCGAGUCAUGUUCGGAGUGUAUCGGCCCGAGCACGCAGGAGUGCUUAUCGUGUUCUGACCCUGCCGCUUUGCUCAAAAAUGGCGAGUGCGUUCCCGACUGCAGCAGCGCAUUCUACAGUCAAGAUGGCAUUUGUCACGCCUGCCACGCGAGUUGCGCAUCCUGCUUCCCCGACAAACCCGACUGCUUGAGCUGUCCGCCUGGCAGCGCCUUAUAUCAUGGGGAAUGUGUGGCGGCGUGUCCAGCUCAACACUACAGUGACCACUCCAGCAGAUGUAGAAGCUGCCACAGCUCGUGUAUGUCAUGUUGGGGCCCGAUGGCUUCUCAGUGCACAUCAUGUGCACAUGACCUCCUCCUCCACCAGGGGCAGUGUUUGGAGGCAUGUGGCGAGGGCCUGUACCGGCACGCCCACACCUGUCACAACUGUCACCCGUCGUGUCGCUGGUGCAAGGGCCCUCUAGCUUCAGACUGUCUGCGCUGCCUCAAAGCUGCUGAGGUCCUGGCCCCACAGUCACGUGAUCUCCCAUCACCGCGUGGGGUCUGUGUGGCAGACUGUCCCGCCCACACUUAUGUGGACCACCAGCGUACCUGCACAGAUUGUCAUGUGUCCUGCUGGCACUGCACAGGUCCAUCAGCAGAUAACUGUACAUCCUGUCCGUCGCCGUCCAGCCUACAUGAGGGACAAUGCGUGCACGCUUGCCCGCAAGGAUUCUUUGUACAGGAGGGCCAAUGUCAAGCUUGCCACCCAUCCUGCCAGACGUGCUCGGGCGCCUCCCAGGCUGACUGUACCUCAUGCCCCCCACUGGCAGACCUUAACGCAGGCCACUGCCGGACUGGCUGCCAGGAGGGGCGCUUCCUCCACACCGCAACAGGCCAAUGCCAUGAGUGUAGCCCCGACUGCCAGCGUUGUGUGGCGGACCUCCAGACGGGCAUCGGGAGCAUUUGCCUGUGGUGCAAAGGACCCAGCAGAGGUGCCUUGUUGCUAGGCGACCACUGCGUACCCCACUGUCCUGGAGACCACUACACUUGGCAUGGAGCCUGCAUACGAUGUCACCCAUCAUGUAAUGCGUGCAGUGGGGCGGGACCUCUUGCCUGCACUUCCUGUCACUCCCCCAGCGUUCUACUCCCCUCUGGGGUCUGCGCCCCUCAGUGUCCACUGGGUUACUAUGACAACGGUCAGAGGGUCUGCGAGGCGUGCGCACCGCAGUGCCUAACGUGCAACGGAGCGGAUGCCUGCACUUCGUGCCACGACCCCGCCAAGGUGCUUUUGUUCGGCGAGUGCCAGUAUGAAAGUUGCGCCCAGCAGUACUACCUCAACACCACCACGCGCACCUGCACAGAGUGCGACUGGAGCUGUAACGCUUGCCGAGGCCCGCUACGCACCGACUGCCUGCAGUGUAUGGAUGGAUACGUGCUGCGGGACGGCGUGUGCGCCCAUGAGUGCCCGCCGGGAUCCUACCGCGAUGGAGACAGAUGUCUUGACUGCGACGCAACAUGCAUGGAAUGCAGCGGUCCCGAGCAGUGCUUGCGAUGCCAGCCUCCUUAUGUCACCCUGCGUGGUCAAUGUGUGCUUCAUUGCGGAAGGAACUAUUUCCUAAACACCGCUACACACUCCUGCCAGCAGUGCUCUACCGACUGCGCACUGUGUGAUGGAGUCGGACGUUGCCGAGCUUGUGAACAACAGAGUUACCUAAUGGAGGGAUACUGCACCCCCGACUGUGGACAUGGUUACUAUGCGCAGCAAAAAAGUAGAACCUGCCAUGCAAACAGCAGCCCGCCUACAGUCCACAUCAAUGGUUCCCUGCAGGUUCCUCUUGGCGGUUCGGUCCCACUGACCCCAACUUUGCUGCAAGUGAAAGACUCUGACACCCCGCUUGAAGGUUUGAUCAUCCGGCUUGUUCGGCGACCCACGAACGGCCGUCUGAUCGUCUUCCGAGGGGCUCAGGAGGAUGAGGAAGAAGCCGGGGCACGAGAAUUGAGUGACCAAGACUCCUUCACAUGGCCUCAGUUGGAAAGUGGUCGAGUUCACUUUCAACACUACAAGGACAAAGCUAGGACCGGCGAAUUUACUUUGCGAGCGGCCGACCCUCAGCUACUGUCUGAAGCAGAAACAAUUCAUGUUCAAGCCCUCUCAAUGCAGCCUCCAAGGGUCGUGGUGUUAUCUCCCCUGUCGGUGGAGGGUCCUGGAGGGACACAAACCAUCACCAAGUCAACUCUUUUAGUGGAUGAUCCCGACAACCCGGCAGAUGUCUUGGUGAUGGUUAUGGAGGCUCCUCGUCAUGGUCGACUGACCCGUGUCCACAGUGACCGAUCCCUGAGCCGCUUCAAGCUGGAGGAGCUUUCUCGCGAGCGCAUCCAGUACGUACACGAUGGGUCGCAGGAAGCGCAGGACCACUUGGUGCUGCAAGUCAACGAUGGACAUAGCUACCAGAAUGUUCUGCUUCAAGUGCACAUCAGCCAGAAGGCACGCCAAAUGCCUGAACUGCGGUCCAUUCCGGUAACGUGGGUAAAAGAAGGCGGAAUGGUGAGACUCAGCAGCAAACACCUACAGGCCUACUACGAGGGAGUCAGCGCAGACGACAUUGUUUACACCAUCCUGGACUCUGGGGGAUUCCCAAAAUACGGUGAAGUAGUGCUGGUGUCCAUGCCUGCUGAUGGUCCACCCGAAGGCUGGAACCCGACGCUAACGGAUGAUCGAGGCUUCACUGCUACUACAUCAUUCACCCAGCAGGAUGUGGAUGACGGUACCGUUUGGUACCGACAUUUUGGCAGCGGGACGCCAGCCGACUCCUUCCUCUUCCAGGUGUCCGCCGAGGCAGCUGCCGUCAGACAAAGUGAAGCACAGACCUUCACAAUUGGAGUCUUACCACAAAUCCCAGGAUUUCCUCAGCUCGACCGAGACUGUGAUCUCCAAGUCACGGCUCUUGAGGACCGUGUAACAGAGAUAACACGCUCAGCUCUUUCCUUUAUUGACUCUGAGACCCCCAGCGAUCAUCUCAUCUACAACAUCACUAAACCAGUACCAGCUGGGCAAGGUGCCAUCGAACACCGAGACAGGCCGUACACGGCUGUCAAACAAUUCACUCAGGCGGACGUGAAUAACGGCAAGAUUAUCUACAGGCCUCCUCAAGCCCCUUCACACCUGCAGGAGCUCUAUCAAUACUCCUUCAUUGGUCUGCCCGAGUCAUUGAGUGUCUACUUCACAGUGUCCGAUGGUGAGCACACGACUCCUGAGUUAGACUUUGCCAUCCUGUUGCUGUCCAACCACCAGCAACCUCCGAUGUUCCAAGUUUUGGAUCCUCUUCUGGAGGUCAGCAUGGGCGGGCAGGCCACUUUAGGCGGCCAGCAGCUGGCGGUUAGUGAUGCCGACACAUCCCCCAACGAGCUGGAGUUCGAGCUGGUGGAGGCUCCGGUCCACGGGGAGCUGCUGAAGAGUCAGGGCGGCGCCCACUUCAGGAUGACUAAUGGUGACAUCUUCACUUUCGCUGACGUGACCCGGAACUUGCUGAUGUACCGCCACGCCGGCAUCUCCCGCCAGGACGAUGCUUUGACAAUAUCAGUCAGCGACGGCAUCUCUAUGGCCACCGUUGUCGUGCAUGUGGUGGUGCUGAGCGGCGGCAGUGCGGGUGGUGGAGACGGGCCUCAACGGGACCCAGCUGCUGCGCUUUCCCUUGAAGUCAGCAAGAGGAGCAGCACGGUCAUCAGACGAUCGCAUCUUGCCUACACAGACGACUUGUCACCGGAUGACCAGAUCCGACUCCAGCUCGUGUCAGUGCCGAUGUACGGAAUUUUGAGCAGGGCUCAGGAGCAGCAAGAACCACAGGAACUACGGGAAUACUCCACUUUUUCCAUGGACGACAUCAACCGCGGCACCAUCAGAUAUAUCACAUCGUUGGAGACGGGCAACCAACCCGUUACGGAUAUCUUCCACUAUGUUGUCUACGAUGGUGACAACAAUCGCCUUGACAACCAGAUGUGCACCAUCACCAUCAACCCCAACGCUAAGCAGCCCCCCACUGUCACCGUACGCAGUGGAAUCAAGGUCCAUGAAGGCGGUCGUGUGCAGCUAUCAACCAAUCACAUCAUCAUAUCGGACCUGGACACACCUGGGAAGAACCUGCUAGUCUGGCUUGUCAGACCCCCAAAAUCUGGAUAUAUUGAAAACACCAGGCAAGGCGGCUCGAUGGGAGGUUCUCGAGCAGUCACACCCGACACGCCAUUCUCCGUGGACGACUUGACAUCGGACCACGUCUUCUACGUGCAGCAUGCGGGCAAACCGACGCAACAGGACACCUUCAGCUUCUAUGUCAGCGAUGGACAAAGCCAGACGGAGGCCUUUAUCGUCAACAUCGACAUUCAGGGCAAGCUGCAAAGUGAGCCGCUGGUGUCGGUGAGCAGCAUCCACGUAGAAGAAAACUCUGGAGUGGUCGUCACCAAUGAGUCGCUAAGCGUCCUGGACCAGGACACGCCGGAGAAUGAGAUCCUCUUCACCGUCAUUCGAAAGCCAUCCUAUGGUAAACUUCGCCGGCGUCAGUUCUACUCGCAACCGCUGGAGAACGGCCGCGUCCUCGCGCAAGGAUCAACCUUCACCUACCAGGACGUCCUGGACCGCCUGCUGGUCUACACACCUGAGAUGGUGAGCGGCGGCGUGGAUGAGUUGGCCUUCAGCGUGAGCGAUGGCGUCCACUCCCAAACCACUGGACGACUGCGCUUUACCAUGGACGUCACCCGCAGUGAGGGGCCACGCUUAACCGUCAAUAGAGGCCUGCAGCUGCCAGCCGGUUCUUCGUCCAAGAUCACCGAGCAGAACCUAAAAGCCACUGACAUGGACUCUGACAGCCUGAAGUUGCGAUACGUCCUUACAAAAGACCCUCCACAUGGCAAAGUUCAACUAAAUGGUCGUGGAGGCCUGGAAAAAGUUUCCGUCAAGGGUCCUGUGCGCAGUUUCACGCAGGAAGAUGUUAACAAAGGGUUGGUGCAGUACAGCCACGAGAAAGGCGAGAAGGGAGGCAGCCAGUCAUUUAAGUUCAACCUCGUGGACCCGGAAGGCAACAAACUCAUCGACCAGUCUUUCUUCGUCAGCGUGCUCGAGGACCGCCAGCCACCAUCAGUGGUGGUCAACAAAGGCCUAAUCCUGGACGAGAACUCUGCGAAGAAGCUGACCACCCUGCAGCUUUCAGCCAGUGACCAGGAUAGUGAACCAAGCGAGUUGCUCUUCCGAGUCACCAAGCAGAGCAGCCUCGGACACCUGGAACAUGCCACCAACCCUGGCAUGCGAAUAGACACUUUCACGCAGGCUGACCUGGUGUCACGCAGCAUCCAGUAUGUUCACACCAGCGAGGAAGAAAAGCACGCAGACCAAUUCUCCUUCACCGUGUCCGACGGCACCAACGAGGUGGCGCAGACUUUUUACAUCACCAUCAAACCUGUGGAUGACUCGCUACCCCUCCUCCACGUUCCCGGGAUGAGGGUUCAGGAAGGUGUGAGGAAAACCAUCACUGAGUUUGAGCUCAAGGCCACCGAUGCCGACACAGAGGCCGAGUGGAUCGUUUUCACGGUGGUGCAACCGCCGCGUCACGGAACCAUCGAGCGCACGGGUAACGGGCAGCGCUACCGGCCCACCUCCACCUUCAGCAUGGACGAUGUCUACCAAAACCGCAUCAGCUACAACCAUGACGGAUCCAACUCGCUGCAGGACGCCUUCGCUUUCACGCUCGCCGAUGGAACCAACACGCUCUUUGUCGUUCGUGACGACGGAGGCAAGGAGAUCGUGACAGCCGCACCGCAGAAGUUCAAGAUUGAAAUUCUUCCAGUGGACGACGGGACGCCUCGAAUUGUCACCAACCUUGGACUGCAGUGGCUCGAGUACAUGGACAACAAGGCGACCAAUCUGAUCAGCAAAAAGGAGCUGCUAACGGUGGACCCGGACACGGACGACGAGCAGCUGGUAUACGAGGUCACCACGGAGCCUAAGCACGGCUUCCUAGAGAGGAAAGCGGCGCUUGGUGGCGGUGGCCGCGUCAGCACAUUCACGCAAGCGGAUAUCAACCUGGGCUUGAUUCGCUACGUCCUGCAUGAGGAGAGCGCGCAGGAAACCAUGGACAACUUCCACUUCCUGGUAAAGGACAGCAAGCCCAACGUGGUCCGCGACAACGUCUUUCACAUCCAGUGGUCUCUGAUCAGCUUUGAGCACAAAAGUUACAAUGUGUCAGAGAAGGCGGGCACGGUGGCGGUAACGGUGAGGAGGACUGGCAACCUUAACCAGUAUGCCAUUGUGCUAUGUCGAACCGAGCAAGGCAGCGCCACCUCCGGAGGGGAUGUUGGAUCGCGCCCCGGACAGCACGACUACGUCGAAUACGCCGGACAAGUGCAGUUUGAUGAGCGAGAAGAUGUGAAAGUUUGCACGGUGGCGCUCAACGACGAUGCGGUGUUCGAGGGCAUGGAGAACUUCUAUGUGGAGCUCAGCAUGCCCGUUUAUGCACUGCUAGGCACCAACACGCGUGCACUGGUCAAUGUCAACGACACCGAGGACGAGCCCACACUAGAGUUCCACCGCAAGACCUUCCAUGUCAAUGAGAGUGCAGGUGUUGUACGCGUGCCUGUUGAGAGAAAAGGCGACACGUCCAGCACGGUUUCAGCGCUGUGCCACACCGUGUCCAAGUCGGCUCAGGGCAGCAGCCUCAACGCUUUAGAGUCAGGUUCAGACUUCAAGAGUCGCGGCACUGGGCCUGACAGCCGGGUAGCACUGGGGCCCGGCGUCAGCAUGAGCUCGUGUGACGUGACUCUGGUCGACGACAGUGAGUACGAGCUGUCCGAGGAGUUCGAGCUGUUGCUGUCCGAGCCAUCAGACAAUGCCCGCUUGGGACGCGUCGCUGUCGUCAAAGUGGUCAUUGACGGGCCCAACGACGCCUCCACAGUCACUCUCGGCAACGACACCUUCACCUUUGGCGAAGAUGCUGGCACCAUCGAAAUUCCGGUGCUGCGCCACGGAAGCGACCUUUCUUCUGUGACAUCGGUAUGGUGUGCCACAAGGCCCUCCGACCCGCCGUCGGCCAGCCCGGGGAUCGACUACAUCCCUAGCUCCAAGAAAGUGGAAUUCAAGCCCGGCAGAACACUUGAGACGUGCAGCCUGACCAUCAUGGACGAUGUCCAGAAUCCUUCCAUUGAGGGAUCCGAGUCCUUUGUGGUUUUCCUGAGUUCUCCGCAAGGGGCCGUUUUGCAGGAGCCCUAUGAGGCCAACGUCGUCAUCGCUGACACCUUCCAGGACAUUCCCAGCAUGCAGUUCGAGAAGAGUGCCUACACGGUGAAGGAGCGCGACGGCACUCUGCACUUACCCGUGGUGCGCACGGGCGACCUGUCCUUCACGUCGUCGGCGCGCUGCUUUACGCGCACCAUGUCGGCUGCAGUCAUGGACGACUUCCGGGAGCGGCCGAACGUGGACGAGUCGCGCGUCACUUUCCUGCGAGGGGAGAAGGUGAAGAACUGCACGGUUCACAUCAACGACGACUCUGUGUUCGAGCCCGAAGAAGAGUUCCAGGUUCACCUCGGCACCCCGACGGGUGACCACUGGAGCGGCGCCAUGAUCGGAGAGAGGGAUGUAGUCACCGUCACCAUUACCAACGACGAAGACGCUCCAACAAUUGAGUUGGAGCAGGCGUCCUAUCAGGUCCGAGAGCCUCCCGGUCCAGACGGUGUUGAGGUUCUCAACGUUAAAGUGAUCCGGCGUGGUGAUCUGGACCGAACCUCCAAGAUCCGCUGCAGCACACGAGACGGCUCGGCCCAGUCCGGCGUGGACUACAACCCCAAGAGCCGAGUCCUAAAAUUCACUCCUGGUAUGGACCACGUCCUCUUCAAGGUGGAGAUCGUGUCCAACGAGGACAGGGAAUGGCAUGAAUCCUUCUCAUUAGUUCUCGGCCCUGAUGAUCCCGUGGAAGCGGUGCUGGGCGAGAUCACCACAGCAACCGUCACUAUUUUGGACCAAGAAGCCGCUGGGAGUCUCAUUCUACCGGCUCCACCUAUUGUGGUCUCCUUGGCUGACUACGACCAUGUCCACGAGGUGACCAAAGAGGGCAGCAAAAAGACGCCCUCUCCGGGUUACCCCCUGGUGUGUGUCACGCCCUGCGACCCACACUACCCCAAGUACCCGCUGAUGAAGGAACGCUGCGAUGAGGCAGGCAUCAACCAAACCCAGGUCCACUUCUCCUGGGAGGUUGCCACACCCACUGACACAAAUGGGGCACGCUCACCCUUUGAGACAGUGACUGACACGACACCGUACACAGGGGUCAAUCACAUGGUUCUGGACAGCAUCUACUUCAGCCGCCGCUUCCACGUGCGCUGUGUGGCGCAAGCCCGCGACAAGGCAGGUCACCUGGGAACACCCCUGCGGAGCAACAUCGCCACCGUGGGAACUGAGGGCUCCAUUUGCCACACACCUGUUACUACUGGCACUGCGCGAGGAUUUCAAGCUCAGUCCUUCAUCGCCACGCUCAAGUAUCUGGACGUAAAACACAAAGAACACCCCAACCGGAUCCACAUUUCAGUGCAAAUCCCCCACCAGGACGGCAUGCUCCCCCUGGUCUCCACAAUGCCGCUUCACAACCUCCACUUUCUGCUGUCCGAGUCCAUCUACCGGCAGCAGCAUGUCUGUUCCAAUCUGGUCACCCUAAAAGACCUGCAGGGUAUCUCAGAGUCGGGUUUCUUGGACGACGUGUCCUACGACAGCAUUUCCCUGGGUCCAGGCUACGACCGGCCUUAUCAGUUCAAUCCUAACGUCCGUGAGGCUAGAAGCAUUCAGCUGUACAAACACCUCAAUCUCAAGAGCUGCAUCUGGACUUUUGACGCCUACUAUGACAUGACAGAGCUCAUUGAUGUCUGCGGCGGCUCCGUCACCGCCGACUUUCAGGUCCGGGACUCGGCUCAAUCCUUCCUCACAGUUCAGGUUCCACUCUAUGUAUCCUACAUCUAUGUGACGGCUCCCCGAGGUUGGGCUUCCCUGGAACAUCACACUGAGAUGGAGUUCUCCUUCUUCUACGACACCGUGCUAUGGAGGACAGGUAUCCAGACUGACAGUGUCCUCUCUGCCAGACUCCAGAUCAUAAGAAUCUACAUCCGUGAGGAUGGGCGGCUUGUCAUUGAAUUUAAAACUCACGCUAAAUUUAGAGGACAGUUUGUCCUAGAACACCACACUCUCCCUGGACACAAGUCCCACCUAAUGGCGCCGGACCACCUGGGAGGCGUUGAGUUCGACAUCCAGUUAAUGUGGAGCGCACAGACCUUUGACUCUCCUUACCAGUUGUGGCGAGCCACCAGUUCCUACAGCAGGAAAGAUUAUUCCGGGGAGUACACCGUCUUCCUGAUCCCAUGCACGGUUCAGCCCACUCAACCUUGGAUUGAUCCUGGGGAUAAACCCCUCUCCUGCACAGCUCACGCACCAGAAAAGUUCCUUGUGCCCAUCGCUUUCCAGCAGACCAACCGUCCGGUCCCUGUGGUCUACUCCUUGAACACAGAGUUCCAGCUGUGUAACAAUGAAAAGGUCUUCAUGAUGGAUCCAGGCAGCACUGACGUCUCAAUGGCUGAGAUGGACUAUAAGGGAGCCUUUUCCAUGGGUCAGACUCUCUACGGUCGCGUUCUAUGGAACCCAGAACAAAACCUGAACGCGGCCUACAAACUCCAGCUGGAGAAGGUCUACCUAUGCACAGGUAGAGAUGGCUACGUUCCGUUCUUCGAUCCAACGGGCACCCUGUACAAUGAGGGUCCACAGUACGGAUGCAUCCAGCCCAAUAAAAACCUCAAGCAUCGCUUCCUGCUCCUGGAUCGCAAGCAGCCGGAUGUAUGCGAGAAAUAUUUCCACGACGUCCCCUUCGAGGCCAACUUUGCUUCAGACCUGCCGGAGUUGAAUUCCUUAGCCGCCAUGCCGGGCGUGGAUGGCUUUACCAUGAAAGUUGAUGCUCUUUACAAGGUGGAGGCAGGACACCAGUGGUACCUGCAGGUGAUCUACGUCAUUAGUCCUGAGACAAGGUCCAGCCUGAGGUUUGAGCGCUCGCUCACCUACCAACUCAGCCGCCCCAAGAGGGACCUGGUAGACCGCAGCGGGCGGCUGACCCUGGACGAAUCACUCAUUUACGACAACGAGGGCGACCAGGUGAAGAACGGCACCAACAUGAAGUCCCUGCGCCUAGAAAGGGGGACCGGCGGAACCUUCCACGCCCACGUGGGCCACUCGGUGGGCGGCGGUGUGGCCGCCCUAGCUCUGCUGGUCUUGGCCGCACUAGCCACCUGCCUCCUGUUCCGACGAUGCCACCGCCAGGCUAAAGUCCCAGCCAAGAAGACAUACGAGGAGUACCCUCUCAACACGAAGGUAGAGGUGUGCUUGGACAAGUGUGUAGAGAAGAACUUCAGCAGCAAGCACUGUAGCGUCACCAACGUUAACGUGUUCAACCGCAACCAGGAGCCCGCCAGCAACAAGGCCAAAGUUAAGCAAGUCAACCUUGAAGUCAAACUCCACAACAACUUCAAUGAUGGAACUGAGGUCUAA